AUGUCAGACGAAGACUACUUAAAUGCAGCUUUAGGUUGUUCAAUAUCAACAGAAGAACUGGUAGUCAUUUUCUUCUGCCUGCGAACAAUCUUAAUUCCACGGCGCGGAGAUUUACAGUUCCUCGUCCCUAAAAGUUUUCAUUCUUCCGGACUGUUUCGAGGAUUCGCAUUCGUUGAAUUCGCGGACCCGAAAGAAGCCAAAGCGGCCACAAAUGCUUUUCGACCAGAUGCAGCAAGUCAGCUAUGGUUUGUCGCUCCAUGUGGUUCAAGUGAUUCUACCUCCGAAGCUCGCGAUGUUGCUGGUGUUGGGAUUGUGCUAUGUCUAGGCGGAGCGUUCACUUCUUGA